GAUUUAUGCAACUUCUGACUUUACCCACUCUUAUUUUUAUUUUCUUGAAUUAUGGUACACCAUGUCUUUCACUUCGAAUUCUUGUAUACUCUCCACGAAUGAUACCGAGCCAUGUGGCAUUUGUGGCAAAUAUAGCUAAUCUUCUUGGUCAACGGGGCCACAAUGUUGUAGUUGUAGAUAAUGUGCUUCGCAGUGAUAUUUCAAACAAAUUAGAUUUGAAAGUUAUUGAAAAGGUUGUAAAAGUUGAAACGUCGGCAAAUGUUGCAAAAUUGCUUGCUGAUCAAAGUAUUCCCAUAAACUUUUGGAGUAUGCGAAAUGAACCAGAGGAACAGAAGAAGGUUAUGAAACAAUUGGGAAUUAUAUUUUUAGAACAAUGUAAAUAUUUGGUAUCAAAAGAAGAAACCGUGUUUAAUGAAUUGAAACAUUUGGAAUUUGAUUUUGGAAUUCAUGAAGUUUUUGAUAUUUGUGGAAUUGGAAUUUUUGAAAAACUGGGUAUCCGAAAAUCUGUGAUAUUGUCUUCAACUGGAAUGAGAGAUAUUGUUAAUGAAGCUCUUGGUAUUUCGAGUCAAUUGCAAGAUGCUUCGAUUCUUUCUGAUUAUGGAAAUAGUAUUCCUUUCUAUGGAAUACGGAGAAAUUUAAAAUUUCAUUCUGCCUGGAGAAACUUUUUUGAGGUACAGAGCAAGACGUUGGAGCCACUUUUUGAAACAACUAGCAGCUUUGAAAAUCUCCUCCGAUUUAGCAAUCUAAUGUUUUUGAACACCCAUGAGCUCGCAGAUGCUCAUCGACCAUGGAGCAGGAGAGUUCAUGAAAUUGGAGGAAUAUCCUUUAAAUUUCCAAUGCCACUGAAAAACGAAUAUAUCAAUCUAUUCAAUAAAUAUAAUUCCAUAAUCCUUGUGUCAUUCGGAACUACAACACCUUCGUUUUUGAUGCCCGAGAAAUAUAAAAAUACGUUAAUAAAUACUUUCCAAAGGUUUCCUGACUUUCUUUUCAUUUGGAAAUAUGAGAAAGACGACGAGUUCACACAGAAAAAUAAGAAAGGGAAUGUGGUUUUCAAGAAGUUUUUGCCUCAAGUUGAUUUAUUAGAAUCAAGAAAAAUCAAAUUAUUCAUCACACAUGGCGGUCAGAAUAGUCUUCUUGAAACUUUUCAUUCAAACACUCGUACUCUGAUAACUCCCUUAUUUGGUGAUCAACACAGGAACGCUCAAAUUGCAUUGGAAAACGGAUUGAGUCAUGUUUUACUCAAAGAUCAACUAGCGAAUGAAGAAUUGGUUUAUGCAGCAAUAAAACAAGGAACUGAAAGUAACAAAAAACUAGAUGACAACUUGUUAAAAUUAUCUUCAAAUUUGAAAAAUGCGAAACAAACUUCCGAAAACCUUUUCCUGGAUACUGUUGAAUCUACAUACACUGAUAACUUAUCGCCUCUUAACUUUGAGUUUUAUCCAAAAUUGUAUUCCUCUGAUCAAAUUCUUUUAUAUUUAGACUCAAUUGCCAUGUUUACUCUGACAUUGUUGACAAUGAUAUUAAUUAGAAAGUUUCUUCUAUAAAAUAUUUUCAUUCAUGCUUCAAUAA